AAACAAUUCUGCUGCUUUUCGGUACCAAACAAAAAGCAGUCUAAAGCAUCUGUCUGUCAUUUGUCACCCUGCUGUUGUUGUGUUGUAAUUUUCACUCAAGUGUCAAAACAAUACGAAUAUUUGUAUUUCUACUUUUUAUUUAAUGCAGUGUAAUGUAUGAUAAAAUAAAAUAUCAUUAUAUUCUGCUACUUAUACCUAAAUGAUUUCUUAAAGAUGGUGUGCGAAUUCACACUACUUACCUUUUUAUAAAUUAUACUACAGUGUGAAAGUUUCGUCGAUGUAAAUGAAAUAUUUAUCAAAGAACAUUAAAUUAAUAAGGAAAAGUGUUUCUAAUACAAAUAGUUUAUCAAUAAAUUGGUGUUAAAAUGUCGGCAUUGUUAACUGCUGAUUGGUUCCAACUGGACUCCUAUUAUAGAAAAUUUGACCUCUACUCUACAACAUGGAGUAUGGACGAAGGCUUAGACAAUAUGCUUGUUAGUGGAGCUCCUUAUGGAGGCCCUAUAGCCAUGGUGCGAGAUAGAAAGCAGUUUGUGCGAGUGAUGACCACCAGCAAACCAGUUAUAACUAUCUAUAACUGUGUUGGAAAUGUUAUAUCUAAAAUACUGUGGAAUAGUGGUGUUUUGAUCCAUAUGGGGUGGUCAGACAGCGAACAACUGCUCUGUGUACAGGAGAGUGGUGAUGUCCUCAUCUAUGACAUGUUUGGUGCUUAUCAGAAAACCUUUAACAUGGGCCAAGAAGUGAGAGAUACUAAAGUGUGCAAAGCUCAAUUAUUUCCUAAUCUUACGGGCAUUGGACUUGGUGUUAUCACAACCACAAACCGCAUGUUCCUUAUAAGCAACAUUGCUGAACCCAAAGUCAGAGCUGUUCCAGAUUUACCAAGAGCAAACGAGCCAAUAUCUUGCUGGUGCGUUCUCAAUUCCUUCUUACGCACAGCGGCUGUCGUCGGCUUCUUGGUGUGUCGUGACAAAGAAAUAUACAAGUGCCAACUUGGCGAGACCAGGGCUGUUCUCUUGCGGCCGGAAAUAAAGAACCCUUACACCCAAAUCCUCUCCAUAGUGCCAUCGCAGAACGGGAGGCACGUAGCACUUUUCACAGACUCCGGAUACCUUUGGAUCGGCUCAUCAGACUUCAAGAUGAAGUACUGCGAAAUUGACACGGGGUACAUCAAACAGCCGAAGGAAUUGGUGUGGUGCGGUUCUCAGGCUAUCGUUGCGCAUUGGGAUGACGUCAUGUGCAUUUACGGCUUCACCGGCAAAUCUGUCUCUUAUCCAUAUGAUGGUCCUUUCCACAUAAUACAGGAAAUGGACUGCGUCAGAGUUAUAUCGGAGUACAGUCACGAGUUGGUGCAAAAGGUCCCCGUGGAAGUGGAGAAAAUAUUCAGGAUCAACAGUACUGCACCUGGAUCAUAUCUUGUUGAGGCUUCCAAACAAUUUCAGAAACGCAGUCACCGCGCGGACGAGUACAUUCGCCUAGUGAAACAAGACCUCCCCAACGCGGUGCAAAACUGCAUCGACGCCGCCGCCUUCGAGUUCAACACGGACAUACAGAAGAUGUUGAUCCGCGCCGCGCAGUUCGGCAAGGGUUUCAUAACGGACGCAGUGUUGACAGAUCACUACGUGAAGACGUGCCGAUGGUUGAGGGUGUUGAACGCUGUGCGAGACCCGAAGGUCGCGAUACCGCUCACGUUCCGACAAGUGGAGAACCUAGGCGAGGGAGUGUUACUAGAUCGCUUGAUAUGGCGACGGCUGCACUGCCUGGCGGGACACAUCGCUUCCUACCUGCAGCUCAAGGAUGGCCGAACCAGAGUCCUGUCACACUGGGCUUGUUAUAAGGUGACACAACUGCACUUGGACAACGAAAGUGCAGCUCGUGAGAUAGGCGAGAAACUACGCAACGUCCCCGGCAUCUCAUACUCCGCUAUCGCGAUGAAAGCACACGAGAAAGGCAGAAAAGCGCUCGCUAUAAAGAUCUUGGAGUAUGAAACUCGCAGUAAGCUGCAAGUACCGUUACUACUGACGUUGGGUGAAGGCAGCGCGGCGCUUCUACGCGCGGCACACAGCGGCGACACCGACUUGUUGCAUGAGGUGUUGUUGCAUCUCAAGGAGAACAUGGCCAAGCAUGAGUUCGAGAUGACGAUCCGUAGUUUCCCGCUAGCGCACUCUCUUUACCUUAAAUACUGCGCCAAUCACAACCGGGAAGCGCUCCGCAAAAUCUACGUACAAGAGGACGAUUUCCCGGGACAAGCGGCCACGCAUAUACGCGACGCUAUCGAGCAACCCAACCCGGGUAGCGCUGAGGCGUCGCUCAUAUCCGCCCGGGAAUGCUACAAGAAGGGGAAGAACGAUUUAGGUGCAUCGAUAUGUGAGGACGCCCGCAAGCUUUGUAAACAACAAUCCAGUCUUCAAGAGACUUACGGCGAGAGUUUCGUCGGUCUGUCCUUACACGACACCGUUCGCAAACUGCUGGUGAAAGGCGAACUCAAACUGGCUGAGAAACUACGCUCCGAGUACAAAGUGCCCGAUAGAAGGUUCUGGUGGCUUCGCAUAUUGACGUUGGCCGAGAAAAACGACUGGACCGAACUGGAUAAAUUCAGCAAAUCGAAACGGUCCCCCAUUGGUUACGAGCCAUUCGUGGACGUGUGCUUAUCCAAAAAUAAACCUGACGAGGCUUUACGCUAUCUGCCUCGAUGCCAGGACAACGUCAAAGUCAAAUACUACGUGAAAGCAGAAUUUUAUGAAGAAGCAGCUCAAGUGGCUUUUGAGCAAAAGGACAAGAACGCUUUGAAUUAUGUACUUAACAAGUGUCCAUUGAACGAAUCCACCAAACGUGAGAAAAUAUCGGCUCUACUCGAACAACUAGACAUCAAAAAGUAAGAGCCAUCAUUGCGCCAUAUACAAAAUCUAAUUAUAUUAUUAUAUAAAACGAGUGUUAC